AUGUGUCGGGCGUUUGCAGGCGCGGAGCGGAGGUGCCUGCAGCUGUGGAGGGGAGGGCGCGCGCGCCUGCUGCUGGCGAUCGCGUGCGGCGCGCUGGUGCAGCUGCUGGUCACGUGGGGCAUAGCGAGGCUGUCCACUGUCCAGAGCUCAUCGCCGGCGGACCGCGGGUCAACGCCAAGGCCGCAGAUCGUCGGCAGAGAACCGACUUUGGAAUACGAACAGAGGAGGCGUAACUUGAAAAACGGAUUACACGAGUUUUGGUACUACAUGGAAACGGAGUUGCGCAAGCUGCAGUCGUUGCAAGGCAAAGACAAAACGCGUGCAACCAAUGGAGUCAAGAUCGAAUAUAUUCUCGAGUCAGUGGAAGAGCGCAUGUUGACGCUGUUGGCAGACUUCACCUCGAUGCAGACGUUUGACGGAUACGACAAGUGGCGAGAGGCGGAGGCGGCGGAGCUGGGCGAUUUGGUACAAAGAAGGAUCAUCUUCUUGCAGAAUCCUCCAAUCUGCGCCAAAACCCGAAAGCUGGUUUGCCACUUUGCAAGAUCGGCUAGCUUCGAAGAAGAGUUGCACCACGUGGUAUAUUGCUUCAUCGUGGCAUAUGCCACGCAGCGCACGUUGAUUCUGAAACCACGAGAACCGGAUUUGGGCAAAGAAGCCUGGCAGGAGUUUUUGGAACCACUGAGCAAGAAGUGCCUCGAUGCGAACGGGGCCUCUCACAGCGAAUGGCCAGGAAAAGAAGAAACGCAAGUGCUCUAUCUGCCAAAAAGAUCCUUCUUGUACCCUGCUCCGCAGUAUCUGCCCCCGCGUGUGCCGGCGGACCUCGCGGCGCGGCUGGCGCGGCUGCACGGCAACCCGCUGGCGUGGUGGGUGGGCCAGUUCCUCAAGUACGCCCUGCGGCCGCGGCCGCGGAUGGUGGAGCGCCUGCAGCAGUCCGCCCGACAGAUGGGCUUUGAGGCACCGGUGGUCGGAGUGUACAUCAGCGCGUUCACCAAGCCGAUCCAAUAUGAAGAUGUGAUUGCAAUGUACAUGAACGAAGUGGAGAAGUACUUCGAUUCCUUGGCACUUUCUAAUGAAGAUAUACAGCGUCGCAUUUUCUUGGUAGCAGAUGAUCAAAUAUUAAUUAAUCGAACAACGCUAAUUUAUCAUCAUUACGAAGUACUUAAAAAUCCGAUUCAAAACAGAUUUGGCUCCGUUGAUUCUACCAUUAUCGACAUACAUUUCCUGUCUCGCUGUGACUACGUAGUAUGCGCUUUUUCCUCACAUUUAUGCCGGGCGGCGUAUGAAAUUAUGCAGACUUUGCAUCCAGAUGCUGCAGACCGAUUCCAUUCAGUAGAUGACGUGUAUUUUUACAAAGGGAUGCACUCGCAACACCAGGAAGUUAUUUAUCCACAUUAUAGUAAAAGCGAAGAGGAACUGAAUCUUCGAGUAGGUGAUCAAAUCAAAGUGUCAAGGAAUUAUUGGAAUGGUUCCAGCAAGGGUAAACUCCUUCGCUUAUCAAAGACGGGCUUGUUUCCGUCCUUUAAAGUAAAGGUAAACAUGGAAGCUGUAGAUUUUCCAACAUACCAGCAAGUUCCCCUCAAGAAUUUAACUAGUUAA